AUGAAUGCUGCUGUUGCGAGGCAGUCGAUGGGCUGUCUGAAGGCGGCUCUGAGGAGGACGAGAUACCAGAAAACAUGGCAGAGAUGCCUGGCGACAGAGGCUGCGAGCCCCUCCACGGCCUCCAUUACGAAGAAUGCCUAUAGUCAGAGACAACACAUGGACAAGCAAAAAGUCUCGAAAUUCCAAAUCUGGCCCCAAGUCCCUUCACCACGAGCCACCCAUCCCGACCCGAUGCCCACCCUGAAGCAGCAGGAAAUCGCCCGCCUCGACCCGACCGGCGCCCGAACGAGGCUCUUCUCCAGAGACCACGCCGACAGCGCCAAAGUGGGCGACGUCCUCAUGGUAACCACCAAGGCGGGGGAGCCCUUCUCGGGCGCAUUCAUCCAGAUGCGGCGCCGCGGCGUCGACACGGCCAUCCUGCUGCGCGGACAGCUGAUGAAGACUGGCGUGGAGACUUGGUUCAAGAUUUACAGCCCGACGGUCACGGGUAUCGACAUUAUCUGGCGCAAGCCGAAGAGGGCAAGGAGAGCGCGGUUGACGUUUAUGCGCAAGCCCAAGCACGACAUGGGUAGUGUGGAUAACUUGGUGUCGGCUUGGAAGAAGGAGAGGUAUGCGCUGCGGUCGAAGGCGAAGCAGGGUGGUGGAAAGCAGAUUCGAAGGUAG